AUGAGGAGGAGAUCUGGUGAUAUCGAAGCAGAUGGUAGAGGGAAGAGGAAAGCUCGUGAAGGAGACGACAAUGGUAGAGCGAAGAGACGACCGGCGGUUCAGAGCAACGAACAGAAGAACGGGAAGAAGAUCCUCAAAGGAAUCCGUGGUUGUGUAUCACCUCGAUGCUCUGCUUAUACUUACCGUUCCAGCUUCUCAUGGUUUGAGAAAGAUAUAUGGACAUACAUUUCAAGGUUUUUGGAUGGUAAAUCACUGGUGAUGCUGGGAGCCACAAACAAAUGGUUCAACAAAUUCGUAAUGGAGGAGGAAAGUGUUUGGAGGUUUGCCUGCUUGCGUGAUCUUCAGGUCCUUGAGUCGUCUCCAGUUUCUUCCACCUGGAUUAAGUUAUAUGCUUCAGCUUUUGAUGGGAGUCACUCUUACUUGUUCCAUCAGCAGGAAAAACAUAUUGACUGGAUGCGCAUUGGUGCCUUUACUCUUGACUCUCGAAUGUCACUCCUGACUGAGAGUUUUAGUGGUCAACUGAAAGUUCCAAGGGAAGGAACCAURYAWCGGAUGCUGSAAUCCAGUGGRURAUGUGUUAUUAGAGASYURAAAASCGGUAUUUGGAUWGCAGAUUUUCAGCUUGUUCGUUGCCCUGUUUGUGACCUCAGUACCUGUCAUGGGACAAUGCAAACACUUGAUGCUAGGCACAUUGAACUUUUCCUUAACGAAGGCUAUCAAGAUGGAAGCUGGGAAUACAAUCUUAUUGGAUCUCACAACAUAAAGAAAGAUACACGUGCAGCUUGUGGAGCCAUAUUUGAUCUCAAACACCUAAAAGCAUCCUCAUCCUCAGCUAUUCUCCAUCUCAAGUCUUGGACCGGAGAGCCAGGUGAUUUCCAAACAAAAGCAGUUAUCGCACCUCACGCAGUCGCUGUUCACACAAGAUUGCAAGAAAACCAAGGAAUCCUUGUGAAGUAUCACGCGAUGAAAGCAGGAACAGACGGUGACAUUGUUUCCAUCAGAAUCUCCCAGCAGCUACUCUGA